AUGUUUGGUACGAAAUUUAUUAUAAACAAAGUUGUAGAUCAUUCAGAGCUUCCACAAAUUGUUGCAAUUGUUAUUAGUUGCAUACCAAGUUUUAUCACAGGACUGAUCAUAGCAUGGCCGUCACCUUCAAUACCAAAAAUAGUUAAUGAUAAAGGUAACUACGACAUAACAGAAGAAGAAGCUUCCUACUUUAGUUUUCUUAAUGCCACUGGACCAGUAUUACUUUCAGUAUUUAUAUCGAAACUUUGCGAUACUUUGGGGCGAAAAAAGACGUUAAUGUUAUCAGCCAUACCUCAUGCUAUAACGUGGAUUAUGAAGGCUUUUUGUACGAAUAUUAAUGCACUUUAUGCAGCAAGAGCUUUGGGAAGUUUGGGUGAUACUUUCAUGUAUAACUCGUUGCCUAUGUAUAUAGGGGAAGUGUGUACUCCAAGGGUUAGAGGGGUUUGGGGCAACGGUCUUAUAUGCGCCCUCUAUCUAGGUCUAUUUACUAUUAACACCAUUGGAGCUUACUGCUCUAUAAAACUAACAGCACUAAUAUGCUUAGUUUUUCCAAUAGUCUUCUUCAUUCUUUUCUAUUUUAUGCCGGAAUCGCCAUAUUACUACACCAUUAAAGGUAACGACGAAGCUGCUAAAGAAUCAUUAAAAUGGUUAAGAGGCAGCGACAAUAUCGAAGAAGAAUUUGCUAAACUUAAGGACAACGUAAACAAACAAAUGGCUGAGCCCAGUUCCUGGAAAGAUGUUCUGACGGUAGAAAGCAAUAGAAAAGCUUGUUUGGCUGGAGUAUUUUUAAGAGUGUCCCAAAACUUUUGUGGUCUUUUAGCGUUUUCAGUGUAUGCGCAAUACAUCUUUGAAAAUGCUGGUGAUAUUAUAGACCCUAAAGUUUCUUCUAUUUUAUAUACAGGACUCUCAUUUUUAUGUUAUAUAAUAGCAUCUAAUUUUUCUGACAAGCUGGGAAGAAGAUUGUCAUAUAUAACAUCCAUCAGUCUUACUACAAUCCCUUUAUUUGUCAUAGCCAUUUACUUUGUUAUAAAAGAAUAUGCUCCUCAACUACACAUCACCAAUUACGACUUUCUUCCUCUAGUUUGUAUGAUAGUGUAUAUUAUUUUAGCUUCUUUUGGAACAGGUCUUGUUCCCACAUUAAUGCUCGGGGAACUCUUUGCCGCUAAUGUUAAAGUCAAAAGUUUAAGCAUAGUUACCACAUUCUUCUCUUUAUCAUUCUGCGCAGCAAAUAAUCUCUUCUAUUAUAUUUCCAAGUAUUGCGGGAUUUUUGGUCCGUUUUUUAUUUUUGGUGGCUGUAAUAUAGUUUCAGCCAUUGCUGCUGCGGUAAUUAUACCAGAGACUAGAGGUAAAACGUUGGAAGAGAUUCAGCAUCAACUAAAGAAAAAAGGACAAAAUAGUAAUGCCACAUGA